AUGCCCACACCUCGUCCUGAGUUCGAAAAUCCACCCGAUAUCUAUUAUAAUAGCGAUAAGGCCACCCGUUAUCAUGUUAGCAAUCGAAUUCAAACCAUCCAGCGCGCGAUGACGCUUCGGGCAUUGGAGCUGAUGGGAAUUCAAGCCGCGAUGUUGGGUACGCGGGAGAAGGGCCAUUCAUCCUCCUACGCGGCGUUGCUGCUUGAUGUGGGAUGCGGAACGGGAAUUAGCGGGGAGGUGCUCACCGAGCAAGGACAUGCCUGGUGUGGGGUGGAUAUUAGUCGUGAUAUGCUAAAGUUCGCGAAAAGGAACGAACUCGACAAUUAUGGGCUUUGGACCAACCCUCACGCCGGAAAUGGGCCGGAAUCGACAAUGGAGUGGAGCGGGAGCGCCACCCGUGUUGAUACCCGUAGUGUGAAAUGGGGCCUCCUCACCGACGACGACGACGACGACGAAAUGGAGGACGAGGGUGUGAACAAAGGGAAGGAAUUAUCACCCGCGCCGUGGAUGGUCGAGGUGAUUCAAAGCGAUAUUGGCCAGGGAAUUCCUUUUCGCCCCGGUAGCUUUGACGGGUGUGUGUCCAUUUCCGUAUUGCAGUGGCUAUGCUUUAGCACGAGAAAGGGUGAGGUCCCACAGCGGCGACUCAUGGCGUUCUUUCAAAGCCUCUACAACACCCUCCGACGUGGCGCAAAGGCGGUUUUUCAGUAUUACCCCAGCAAUUCCGAACAAACGCACAUGAUUACGAGGGUGGCUAUGAAGUGCGGCUUUGCCGGGGGCGUGGUGGUGGAUUACCCCCACUCUAGCAAGGCGAAGAAGUAUUAUCUUGUACUUCAAGCUGGGCAGGUCACCGGUGGCUUUGUCCCCCCCCCACCCCUCACGGCCGACGUUGAGGAUGAAAACUUCGACGACGAUAGCGAUGAGGAAAGUGAGGACUCUGAGGAUGAACUUGAGCCGCGUGAUCGUGUGCAGGUCGGAGGGCGUGAUAAUAGACGCGCUAAACGGGGGCGCCCCGCUUCAUCACGUGAUCGCAAACGCAGAAAAGAUAAUCGACCGGUGACCGGCUCACGGGAAUGGGUUCUGCUCAAGAAAGAGGAGAGACGUAAUCGUGGGCUGCAGGCUACCGCAGAUACGAAGUACACCAUGCGUCGGCGAAAGCCUCGUUUUUAG